AUGGAGCGCUGCUACGUGUCAACGGUACCCUCUCCAUAUUGCCCCGCCCAGGUCCCAAAAGUGGUGAACAUAUUCUGGGAUACAGAGGCCUGCAAAAUACCCCUUCACACGACUGGCUACGCGGUGACAUCCGCCAUUACGCAGAAGGUGCAGGACUCGGGUGUUGUCACCUUGUUCAAGGCAUAUCUUGGAGAAGAAGAAUUCUCUGCUGAGCAUAGAGCUAUCCGCUCAGAGCUACAGCUCUCAGGAGUCUCGCUGACAUAUUGUUCGCGCCCAACUGGAGAACGACCUCAGAACAUGCAGCGGAUGGUUGUCGACGUCCUUGCGGCGUGCAUUCAACCGUCACCACUCACACUCGUGAUCAUCAUGAAAGGCUGCAUCGACAUUUCCUACCUCCUCUCCCAGCUUCUAGCCCGCUCCCACCAGAUCGUACUAAUCACGGCCGGAAAGAUGCACCCCAACAAUCUGCGCUUCAAUUGUAAACUCAAAGGACAGUUCAGGUGGACUUCUGAAAUCAUCUCCGACCUGCCCUUCCGCCCCGCCAUUAUCGACCGGGAGGCCUCCAUCCCAGCCGAGGCUCCUUCCAAAGACGCGUUCGACCCUCUCGUCGCGUGUCUUAAGGCAGCCAAAAAGCAAGGAAUCAAGGCGAUGCCGGCGGGCGAUAUAAGCCUCAAGUUGCACAAGGAUGCGGAGAAGAGGGCAGCGAUAUUUGCGAAGGCCGGGGUGAAGAAGUUGAUGCCGUAUUUGUCGGCGGCUGUGAAGAGCAAGGUGGUGACUGAGGAGUGGAAGCGGGCCACGAAGGGGAAGGCGAGCGUUCGGUAUGUCUCGUUGGCUUAG